AUGACGCCAAUGCUGUCGACGGCUUUCGAACUGGUGGACUCCCGGCUUUUGGCAUCGGUUUCUGGCAACUGGCAACUGGCACUGGCAACUGACUGGCACCUGACUGGCAACCGCAUCUGUCGCGAAUGGCUCAACUCCAUUCGUGGUGCCCCCGGUGGCAAGCUCAAGAUGACCCUCGGUCUCCCCGUCGGUGCCAUCAUGAACUGCUGCGACAACUCCGGCGCCCGCAACCUGUACAUCAUCUCCGUCAAGGGCAUCGGCGCCCGCCUGAACCGGCUACCGGCCGGCGGUGUCGGCGACAUGGUCAUGGCCACCGUCAAGAAGGGCAAGCCCGAGCUGCGGAAGAAGGUCCACCCGGCCGUCAUUGUGCGCCAGUCCAAGCCGUGGAAACGCACCGACGGCGUGUUUUUGUACUUUGAGGACAACGCCGGCGUCAUUGUCAACCCCAAGGGCGAGAUGAAGGGCUCGGCCAUUACGGGCCCCGUCGGCAAGGAGGCCGCUGAGCUGUGGCCGCGUAUUGCCAGCAACUCGGGUGUCGUGAUGUAA